AUGGGUCAUGUAUUGAUUGGUAUAUCCCUAAAAAAAAAACCAGUUUAUCCAUCAGUAAUAAAUAUUUGUUAAAAUCUUAGGUGGAGGGACUGGAUUUAUUGGUAGAAAUUUAAGAGAAAUACUGUUAAGAGAAAAAUACAAAGUAACAGUUAUAUCUAGAGUUAAGACAGGAGAAGAACAUAUUAUCAAUUGGGUAGAAUAUUAAUAUUUCAAAUACCUAUAUCACCUAAUUUAAUUGUAACAUAUUAUAAUUUUAUUUGAAGGCUGACAUAAUACACAAUGGUAUUCCAGAUAACGUUAAUGCAGUAAUAAACUUGACUGGUGCACCCAUCAUGAUUCCUUUAAAAAAAUUUGGAUAUAGAUUUAAGAAAGACAUUUGGAUAAGUAGAGUCGGUUCAACAAUGUUGCUUGCAGAUAUCAUAAGCCAAACUCAAUGCAAACCUAAUGUGUUUAUUUCAGUCACUAAUGCCAGUAUAUUUGACUCAAUUUAUUAAGAAUGUCAGUAUGUGUAAUUUUAAUUUCUCCAUCAAUAGACAUGAUGUAUCCAUCAUUUGGAACGUGGACGGAAGACUAUCAACCAAAUAGUUUUAUGAUGGAAUAUAAUUAUUUUACUUCAUUAGGAUUAUACUGUGAAAGAGCUACUGAGUUUUUACCUAUUGGAGUUCGUAAAAUAUCUAUUAGAACAGGUAAAAUCCAACAUCAUUUUUAACUCAAAGAAAUUAACAAAUUAUUAAAAAAUAAAAUAUACACUUAAAUUCUCCAAAAUAUUUACAAUUAUUGAGAUAAAUAUUUUUCAAAUUAUGUAACCCAAUUAACAAUUCUAUAAACUAGGAACAGUACUAGGUCAUGGUGGAGGUUUUAUAAAAUGGCUACAUCACUCAACAAGUAUGGGCUUAGGCGCUACAAUAGGUAACGGAUAUCAAUAUCAACCUUGGAUACAUAUGUCAGAUUUAUUAAAUCUUAUAUUAUAUUCUAUAGAAAAUAAAAAAAUACAUGGCAUAUUAAAUGGAGUAUCACCAGAAGUAUGAAUGUUCAAAAAUUGUUAAAAUAACUUUAGUGAUAAAUAAUAAUUUCUAUAGAUUGCCACAAAUGGUGAAAUAACAACCACAUAUGCAGAAAUCUCAAAGAAUUCAGUUAAAUUCAAAAUCCCCAAUUUAGUUUUAAGAACACUGUAUGGAAAAGAGAGAUUAGAAUUGUUAUCUAGCAAUAGACAAGUAAUACCUUUUAGAACACAGGAAUUUGGUUUUCAAUUUAAAUACAGCAAAAUUAAGAAUGCCAUGAGCCACUUAUUAUGCUACUGA